CUCUAAAGAACCAAAACAAACACGCUCCAGUUUUCUUCAAUUUUAUCGUUUCGUCUGUCUCAUGACGGCGCCGUUUCAUACGUUAGCGAUAAAAAAAGUGAACUGUAAACGACUGAAGCGCGACGAUGGCUGCAGUCGAAAUGCACGCCUAUUUCUCUAAUGCCUUUCUCAAGAUUGUCCCAAUUCAAACGCAAUUUGCAGGUGUCUCCAUACCCUGUCAAUAUUUUAGCAGAGGCUACUUCUCUGCCGAGACUAGUUACAGGGCACGUCAGUAUUUACAAAGGAGUUCAAAUAAAGCUAUUGAAGCUGUCGUUCCAGGUGUGAAUGACGACGAAAUCUUGUCUUCUUCUUCACCAUCUUUUUCAAUUGACGACUUCACUGUCACGGCUACAAGCUCUGCUGAUAAAGAUGACCAAUUAAAGAUAGCUGUAGAGGUAUCCGGAAGCAAAACACAAGAAAUUUAUGAUGUAGUUUUCUCGAAAAUGGUUGAUGAUGCGCAGCCGAUACCUGGAUUUAGAAGAGUUAAAGGAGGGAAGACACCUAAUAUACCAAAACACAUUCUUCUGGAAAUACUUGGACCGUCAAAUGUGUUUGAACAAGUCAUUCGGAAAGUAAUCAACACGGCAAUUUCUGAAUACGUAGCUAAGGAAGGUCUAAAAGUUAGUGAAGAUCUACAAAUUGAACAGAGCUUAGAAGAUCUCAUGGCUGGAUUUGAACCUGGCACCAAAUUCAGAUUCGAUGCUGUUGUUCGCAGCCGAAUUUUAGAGUUGUCUCGUUAUAAAAGAAUGUUUCAUUGGGUGGUUUAGUGACGAUCUCAUAUGGGGACAGUCGAAUUGGUCUUGUUAGAGACUCCCAUUUGUGGAUAAAUAAUUAGUGGUUGUAUUUCUCUAAUAGUUCGAGCUUUUAGGUGACACGGUCAUUCUAUAUCUGACAAGUCUAACCGGUAAGAUCGGAUGAGAUGGUGACUUGUUUUUUGUGAGAAAUAAAUUAUAAAAACUCAAAAAUUGUAUUAUUA